AUGUCUGAAUCUGGUCCCCCGCGAGGCGAUGCCUCAGCGACGGGGAAGGAUAGCGCUGUGCGAAAGGCGUUUCCUCAUGUCGACCUAGCCGGCCAUAAUCUCCCUCCGUCUCCUGCUCCGUCGAGCCCGAGGACAGGUCGGAGAUAUGCUCUUGCAACGGAAUUGGUGUAUACCGAGAGCAAUGACCAGUUCAACGCCAGCAGUGUGCCAAUAUACCAGAGUGCUACGUUCAAGCAGACCUCUGGCGGGGGCGGCGGUGAAUAUGACUAUACACGAUCGGGAAACCCUACGAGGACUCACCUUGAGCGUCACUUGGCUAAGAUCAUGUCCGCACAGCGAGCCCUCGUCGUAUCGUCCGGUAUGGCAGCGUUGGAUGUGAUCACGCGACUGCUCAAGCCAGGCGAUGAAGUGGUGACUGGAGACGAUCUGUAUGGCGGGACCAAUCGACUUCUCAAAUACUUGUCUACCCACGGAGGAAUCAUCGUGCAUCACGUCGAUACAACCAACCCUGAGAAUGUGGAACAGGUACUAAGCUCCAAGACAGCAAUGGUGCUGCUGGAGACACCGACGAACCCUCUGAUUAAGAUAGUCGAUAUACGCCGGAUCUCCACAGUAACCCAUGCCAAAAAUCCCGGUGCGCUGGUUGCGGUGGACAAUACCAUGCUUUCUCCCUUGCUGCUUAACCCGCUGGAUCUCGGAGCCGAUAUCGUAUAUGAGAGCGGAACCAAGUAUCUCUCUGGUCACCACGACCUGAUGGCAGGUGUCAUUGCGGUCAAUGACCUAGCGCUUGGAGACAAGCUAUAUUUCCCCAUCAAUGCCUCUGGCUGCGGGCUAUCCCCCUUCGACUCCUGGCUCCUCCUACGCGGCGUCAAAACACUCAAAGUACGCAUGGAACAGCAACAGAAUAACGCACAGCGAAUUGCAGAAUUCCUAGAGUCACACGGCUUCCGCGUUCGAUACCCUGGCCUGAAAUCCCACCCGCAAUAUGACCUGCACUGGACAAUGGCUCGAGGCGCCGGGGCUGUUCUCUCGUUUGAAACCGGAGACGCCCUGAUAAGCGAACGUAUCGUCGAAAGUGCCAAGCUGUGGGCCAUCAGUGUCAGUUUUGGAUGUGUGAACAGUUUAAUCAGUAUGCCGUGCCGUAUGAGCCAUGCGAGCAUUGAUGCAAAGACUCGCAAGGAGAGGGCCAUGCCCGAGGACCUUAUCCGACUAUGCGUGGGUAUCGAGGAUCCAGAUGACCUGAUUGACGAUCUAAGAAGAGCGCUUGUUCAAGCUGGCGCCGUGGACGUUACAUUGCAAGGUUUCCAAAACAUCAACCAGAGCCCCAGCAGCUCAUCUGAUAGCGUUCCACCACCAGCGGCAAGCUCAGCGACCUGA